UUAGUGAUUUUUUAUCUGUACUUUGCAUCGUGAGUCCGGCCCGGUGUUAACACUUCAACAAGUACGGCCAUUAUGGCCUCUUCCUUGCAGCCAGAUCUUACCGAUGGAAUCGAAUACUGGACAUCACAACCAGCAAGCCUUGACGGUGUCCUAGGAGGAUUUGGAACUGGCUCUCUACCACGCGUCGAUGCAUUGGGAUCACGCUUAUUUCUUCUACAUCUAUUUCCAGAGCUAUGUACGGUCGACUCUGCUUUCAAGCCGACAGAUAAAUCACAUUUAUCUCACCGGAUACGCGCCCUGGAUGUGGGGGCAGGUAUCGGCAGAGUAACCGCCGAUGUUCUGCUCUUCCUCGUCUCCGAUGUUCUAUUGCUCGAACCGGUGACUCCCUUUAUCCAAGAAGCACUUGAACGUGCGAGACACGCAGCCAUCACACCCCAGAAAAAUUGGUCCGGGCUAGCAGAUAAACGUACGAGCGUUUCCGUCGUCCAAGGGACGUUGCAGGACUUUGAUCCAGCCCAUCCGCUUGCUAAUCCACCAGCAAAAUUCUUGCAACGAGUUGGUUACUCCCCUUCAAAAUCGAUUGAGGAUAUUGACAGCGGAUUUGACGUGAUAUGGUGUCAAUGGUGUCUAGGUCAUCUAAAUGAUGCACAGCUUGUCGAAUUUUUCAGACGGAGCCAUAUGGCUCUAAGAGAAAAAGACAAGGGCAAGAGUUUGAUUGUGGUGAAAGAAAAUGUGUGCUCCGAUGCCCCAGACGGUGGUCCAAAGUCUUCGUUUGAUGAUCAGGAUUCGAGUUUGACCAGAUCUGAUAGCGCAUGGAAGGCCGUAUUUACGCAAGCAGGCCUGAGGCUGGUGAGAGAACAGGUCCAAGAGGGAUUACCUGAAGGACUGUAUACCGUAAAAAUGUAUGCUCUCCGAUAAAAGCGUAAUGAUUCUUCGGAGCCGCGAAGCUGUUUGAUGUACAAGA